AUGUCUUUUCUUUAUUCUCACUCUUGUGAGUGUUUGAAAACGGAGCUUGACUUGUUUUCUCUGCCACCUACUCAAACCUUAAUAGAAAGUUCACAAUGGAUUCACUAUAAACCUAUUUCGUCACUUGCAGACGAUUCACUCAUAGAAUUUGUCAUCCCCGGCCAUGUUGAGGAAUACAUAGAUCUUGCUCAUACUAUGUUAAGCAUUCGUGUUAAAUUAAUAACACCAACAAUUACUUUUCAGAAUAGAGAGACUAUAGCAAAGAUCAGUGUUGUAAAUAAUUUACUACACUCACUUUUCAAUCAAAUAGAUGUGUAUUUCAACCAAAAACUUGUUUCCCCGCCAAAUAAUGCCUAUGCAUAUAGAGCUUAUCUUGAAACUCUAUUUAAUUACGGUCCUGCUGCGAAAAGAAGUCAUUUAAGUACAGCACUAUGGUACACAGAUGACCAUAAAAAUAUGGAAGAUGUAAAUCGAGAUUCAACAGGAUUUGGAGCACGACGAGCUCUUUUACAACCAGAUGGGGUUGUAGAUAUGAUUGGUCACUUACAUUGUGAUGUGUUUAAUCAAAACAAGUUUCUUUUGAAUGGUGUUGAAAUGCGACUCCGACUUGUACGUUCAAAAAAUACUUUUACACUUUUAGACCGUACAAAACAGUGUUCCUUACAUAUCUCAAAAGCGACACUUCUUGUACGACGAUCAAAAAUUAGUCCUGCCGUUCUUCUUGCUUAUACAAAAGCUCUUUCGCAUGGUACAGCAAAAUAUUCCAUUACAAGAGUUGAGGUUAAAACAUUCAUUUUACAUAGGGGUGUUCACGCUGAAACUUUAGAUGUCAUUUUAGGCCAACUACCGAAAAGAAUUCCUUCUAAACCUCUACAACCUGAUAUCAAUAAAGAAGGUCUUUAUAUUGAUUGUUAUCAAACUUUAUUUUCUGGAACCGGAAGACAUUUUCUCAACGAUGGAAAUGAUAUAGACAGAGCUAGCUAUCCUAAUGGAUUUUGUCUGUUUGCUUUUGCCACCAGAUCUGUCGAGACUGUAAACUGUGUUGUUUACGGAGAAUACGAUAAUGUUCUUGAAAUAGACUCGACAAGGCAGGUCAUUGUUGAUUUUGGAGUUUUCCCAGCGGAUCAUAUACCGACAGUAUUAAUGCUCCCUUGCGCUAUUGUUGUUAAUACAGAUGGUCACACAAAACCAGGAACUCACUGGAUCGCCAUACACAUCGAUCGACAUGGCACAGGAACAUACUUUGACAGUUAUGGCUUACCGCCUUUUGUUCCUCAACAUCUUACUUGUCUACGCAGAAACUGUACCUACUACAGAUGGAAUCCAACACAAUUACAAAGUGUCUCUUCAGAAGUGUGUGUUCAUUUUGGUCGAUAG